AUGGUUGCACUGAGCCUAGAGGAGGUUCCCUCCAGACGCAGGCUCCGAGACCGAGACCCGUGUGGAAGGCACUUAAAACAUCGUUCAGAUAGGAAAGACGAGAAUAGUUCUCAUAAAUGUAAUAGAUGUGGGAAAUCAAUUGGCCACAAACCCUUCAGAGGUGUGGAGAAGCAUUUUGAAUGCAAUGCCUGCAGAGAGUCGUUGAGCGCAAAGUUGGGCUUUCAGGGUCGCCUGGGGGUGCCUGGCGCGGAGGGGCCCCUCGCGUGCGGCCAGUGUGGCAGAGUGUUCCGGGAGCGACGCGGGCUGCGCACGCACCAGAAGACGCACGCCCCGGAGAAGCCGCACCGGUGCUCCGAGUGCGGCAAGGCCUACAAGCAGAAGCCGAACCUGGUCCAGCACCAGCGGACGCACGCCCAGGAGAAGCCCUACGCCUGCAAGGUCUGUGGCAAGGCCUUCUCCUGGAAAUCCGCCCGCAUCAAUCACGAGAAGAUCCACAGCGACGAGAAGGCCUACGGCUGCGGCCAGUGCGGCAAGUCCUUCAAGUUCAAGUCGGCCCUCGCCCAGCACCAGAAGGUCCACACGGGGCAGAGGCCCCACGGCUGCACGGACUGCGCCAAGGCCUUCGUGUUCAAGUCGGACCUGCUGAGACACCGCCGGACGCACACCGGGGAGAAGCCCUACCGGUGCCGCGUGUGCGGCAGGGCCUUUGCCCAGAAGUCCAACGUGGUCGACCACGAGAGGAUCCACGCCGGAGCGCGGGCCUUCGCGUGCAAGGAGUGUGGCAGCGCCUUCAACCAGAAGAAGAACCUCCUGCAGCACCGGAGGAUCCACACCGGGCAGAAGCCCCACCAGUGCGACAGGUGCGGGAAGGCCUUCCUGCAGAAGUCGAACCUCCUCACGCACAGGAAGACCCACAGCGGCGAGAAGGCCUUCCGCUGCGCCGAGUGCGGGAAGGCCUUCAGCCGCAAGCUGGGCCUCGGCCUGCACCGGAAGACGCACACCGGACGCAAGCCCCACGUGUGCGCCCAGUGCGGGAAGGCCUUUGCCGAUGCCUCCUACCUCGUCAAGCACCAGAGGCGGGUUCACCCCAGGGCAGAGCCUGGGGCACAGUGA